AUGGCCGUCCGUGCUCGCGACUCUCUCCCUCCGGGCCCUCCUCCUUCUCCUCCUCCUCGUCAAUCUCCAUUGUUGAUGCUCCCUCUCGAGGAAGACGAGGAUGGCCAUGGCUGUCGCUUCUUCAGCAUCAAGGACAAGACUGCCCUCGCCCUCCGCGGCUUCCCGGAGGUCUUUUCCGAGAGCCGCUGCGUCGGGUCUUCUCACGGGUGGCUCGUGCUCUUGGACAAGGGCUCCGAGCCUUAUCUCCUCGACCCGCUUCUUGGCGGCCGCCGGGUACUCCGCCUCCCUCCCGUCGAGACGUUCCCCUGUGUGCUUCGAGUGUUUCGCAGUGAUGACGAUGGCUGUGGUUUGGCCGCGCUUUACGAGACGGUCCAUCUUGGUUGUUGGCGGAACACGACCCUGCUUUCUCUCCAGACGCUGAGCGACUAUAUCGUCUCGAAGGCCGUGUUAUCGGCAAACCCUAAUGAUGUUGAUAAGGGCAAGAGUUGCUGGGUCGUUGUGAUCUUCGGCAGCGAGUCGAAGCUUGCUUUCUGCGGCUGCAAAGACUUUGGGGGAGGCGGCGCAUGGACCGAGCUAACUGGCAUCCAUGCUCCUUACAGCGACGUCAUAUUCUACGACGGCACGCUCUUUGCCCUCUGCAACAACGGAUUCGUCGAAGCGUGGGACUUCAAUAGGGACAGCCCCAUCAAAAUCAUGGAGAUCAAGUCCUCCUUCCCGCCGAAAUCGGCUGAGGCGGCGCACGCUCUCAGGAAGGUUUGUUUCACGAACUCAUACUUAGUUGAGGCGGGAGGCGAGAUUUUGCUUCUGGUGAGGUUUGCAGGGUAUUUCGUGAACGGGGACGGUGUCCCAGUCGAAGAAGAUUAUCUCUUGACCGAGGAGGACACACACCCAUUGGUCUGUCCCUACAGAACCUUGUAUUUUCAUGUUUACAUGCUGGACAUGAACACCGAGGAGUGGAUGGGGUUGGACUCGAUCGGCCACCGUGCCGUGUUCGUGGGCGGAAGCCAAUCCGCGUCGGUGUCGGCCCGGGACUUCCCCGAGCUCGAGGCAAACUCAGUGUACUUCACGGACGAUUAUUGGGAACCGGCGGAGCGCGACGACUUGUACGGCGGGCACGACAUGGGGGUGUACAACUUGCAGAGCGGGAAGGUGAAGGAGAUUUGCGAACUGGGCUCGGACAAGAUCGAGCCGCCUCCGUUUUGGGUAUUCCCAUCUGAUUAUCGUUCCAAGCGAGGAUGA